ACCAUAUUCAUGGAAGGCCGAAGCCCGACACAUUUAUAACAUGAAAAACAGGGUGGCUGGCUGCCAUUUCCCAAACUUUUCUUUCUCUCUCUCUCUCAAGACUCCAUUCAUGGUUUCCAAAAAUAUAGUCUGGGGGAUGAGAUGAUGAGGUUAUAGAAAAUAUUCUGCCCUUCUUCCCUCCCUUACAUCCUGCCAUUUUUUUGUCGCUGGUCGGCAUUUGAGAAGGGCGUUAAGAUUCGGCACUGCUAACAAACAUUCAUAACUGCAAAUCAUGAGUGAGUCCGGACCUGAACGCCCCGUUCGACCCAGUAUGGAAAAAAUCGACUUGGAAGAGGAGGAUAAGAAGGCUAGGCGUAACUCUCUGAAACAGAGGGCAAUCAAUGCCUCAAACAAAUUUAGGACCUCUUUCUCCAAGAAAAGCAGGAGGAACAGUAAAGUCAUGUCUGUUGUGGUUGAAGAUGAACAUGAUGCAGAGGAUUUGAAGGCAGUUGAAGCUUUACGUCAAGCUUUGAUCCAAGAAGAUAUGUUACCUCCAAAGCAUGAUGAAUUCCACAUGCUGUUAAGGUUUUUGAAGGCCAGAAACUAUGAGCUUGACAAGGCCAAGAAAAUGUGGACUGAUAUGAUCACUUGGAGAAAGGAGUAUGGCGCAGACACCAUCAUGGAGGAAUAUGAAUUCAAGGAAAAAGAAGAAGUACUUCAAUACUAUCCUCAAGGACACCAUGGGGUUGAUAAAGAUGGAAGACCUAUCUAUAUUGAGAGACUUGGUAUGGUAGAUGCUACCAAACUCAUGCAAGCAACAACCCUUGAACGUUAUAUCAAGUAUCACGUGAUGGAAUUUGAAAGAACUUUUGUUGAUAAGUUCCCAGCUUGCUCAAUCGCUGCAAAAAGGCACGUUGAUCAAAGCACCACAAUUCUUGAUGUACAAAAUGUCGGGUUGAAAAGCAUGAACAAAUCUGCUAGGGAGCUUAUACAGUCUCUCCAAAACAUUGAUGGUAACAACUAUCCUGAGACUCUCUGCCGAAUGUACAUCAUCAAUGCGGGCUCUGGCUUUAGGCUUUUGUGGAACACAGUUAAAUCCUUCCUUGACCCAAAGACUACAGCUAAGAUUAAUGUUUUGGGCAACAAAUUCCAAAGCAAGCUCCUGGAAAUCAUUGAUGCAAGUGAACUCCCGGAUUUUUUGGGUGGCACGUGCACCUGUUCCAGUAAAGGUGGCUGCAUGCGCUCUGAUAAGGGUCCAUGGCAAGAUCCAGAUAUCAUGAAGAUGGUUCGCAAUGGUGAACACAAAUGUUCAUCAAGAUCUACCAUCCCAGAUGAGAAAAACAUAUCUGAGGCGGAUGAUGAACCUUCCGGAACACAUAGGGAGCAAGUCAAGCAUCCACAACUAACACCUGUUCAUGAAGAAGAUUCACAGGUUCCUAAAAGAAGCAACCAAAACGCAUAUGAACCCAAAGACAAUACACACGCAAUUGAAAGAGCUGUUGAUUCAAGUUAUGCUAGACCGGUGCAUAAAGCUCCCACUCCAAGAGAUAAUUAUUAUGCGAACAAUGCAUACAAGGGGGAUGGGCUAGGGAACCAAAUAUUUACAGGUAUGAUGACGUUUAUGAUGGGAUGUAUGACAAUGGUGCGAAUGACGCGAAACAUGCCUAAAAAGCUUACGGAUAGCAACCAAUACUCGGGUGUGUAUUAUGAAGAAGAGCCAGUCAGACGGAGGCCCGAGCCUUACCAGAUGCAAGCGCCCGGCAUCUCAACAGCCGAGUAUCUUUCGAUGAUGAAGCGUUUGGGGGAUUUGGAGGAGAAAGUUAUAAUUUUAACCAACAAACCCCUCGAGAUGCCACCCGAGAAAGAGGAGAUGCUUAAUAACGCUUUGAAGCGUAUCGAGUCUUUGGAGAUUGAGCUUGCCGCUGCCAAGAAGUCUCUUAAGGAUGCGCUAGCUCAACAACAAGAGUUUGCAGCUUACCUUGAAAAGAAGAAGAAAAAGAAGAACAUCUUUGGUUUCUGAGGGAGAAGAAAGAAGACAAACACGGACAUGUUUCUUAGGGUAAAAUGUAGUCGGAAAGUUGAGAGAAUCGUGUAACCGGAGGCAAUCUUGAUUUUUGAAAUGCUGUCCAUGGUCCAAGCCUUGUGAAUAAAAAUACUCGAUUCAAAACUUGUGUACCCAUUUAUUCUUUUAUAAAUAGCGACCCUAGCAUUCAAAUUUCAG